CAUGAUACUCGGCGUCGACUGUUCCGUCCUCACCAUCAUUCUCUCUCUGUUAACGUUUCGGUCUGUCCACACAUGAAAACGUGCUUCAAGACCAAUUUUUUUGGCCACUGGUACAAACUCUUGAAUUCGUGUUGUUUCGUCGAAUUAGAAAGACAAAAUGCCUUUAGCUAAAGACUUGCUUCAUCCUACUGCUAUUGAAGAGCGUAGGAAACACAAGUUAAAGCGACUUGUCCAACACCCAAAUUCUUUCUUUAUGGAUGUUAAAUGCCCUGGAUGUUAUAAAAUUACAACUGUAUUCAGUCACGCUCAAAGCGUAGUAAUAUGUACCGGAUGUUCCACAAUUUUAUGUCAGCCCACAGGAGGACGAGCUAGAUUAACUGAAGGUUGUUCUUUCAGGAAGAAAGCUUACUAAGAUCCAGGCUCCCGUAUUUUAAUGUACAAUAUAUGCGUUGAAUAAUAAAACCAUAAAAAAAAAUUUAAUUUUUA